AUGCCCAUCCAAAUGGUGUGUGAUUCGACUCCUUCACUUGUCAGUGCGGCACUUCGCGACUCGUUGCACUCGACGGCAAACAAUGGACGCUCCACAGCAGCAGCACUGUCGGCAGCCUCGGCAGCCUCGAAUUAUAACGGAGUCACCGCGCACGGUAGUACCGGUGCCGUCGGCCCACCGGCCAGUUCCGGAUUGGGGCCGGGUAGACUGUUCCGACGCUCUAUGUUCGACUCCAGCCACGACAAUAAUGACGAUGAUCCGGGCGAGGACAGCGAACCGAGUGAUCUGGUCGAAACCAUCGCCCAGUCGCUGCGGCAGGGCCAACAGGCUAAAUCGAUCAGAUACGAUGAAGCUCCCAGCUACAGUGCCAGUUUGGACAAAUUGAAGUCCAAGUACAUCGUCCUGAAGGCCACCAAUGCCGACGUGGUACUGGCGAGCGGUGGUGGCGACAAAAACACUUCCAGUGUUACAACAAACGGUAACGGUGGCGGUGGACUCAUGCAAACGCCCAAACUUUCGGCGAAUGGAUUAGCAAUCACGACGGUGCCAGUGAUUGGCGGUGGCGGAGCGGUGAAAUACGGCACUUCCAUCAUAAGCGCCACUGCCAGAUUGACGGGAAGCCAGCAAAAUGGCACUACGGUUAGUAUGGGCUCUGGUUCGGCGCCUGGCACAGCCGGAAAGGAUACAGCCACACUGCCGACGCCAAAGCGGACACUUUUCCCGCGCGAAAACGUACAGAUCGGAUGGAAAACGACCGGGCGCAAGUGGUUGGUGGGCGCCGGGAUGGUCAAUAUGGGCAACACUUGCUACCUAAACUCGACGCUGCAAGCCCUGUUCCAUGUGCCGGCCAUCGCGAACUGGCUUUUGUCGGAUGUGCAGCACCGUGAGCGUUGCGAUGACGGUGGUUCGGGGGGCAGCUGCAUCAUCUGUGCGAUGGCCAAAACACUGGAAGAAUCGCAAAGCAACCACAGUGCAAUUAAACCGUACCUGGUGUACUCGAAGCUGCGGCUUGUCUGCAAACACCUGGUGCAGGGCCGACAGGAGGAUGCGCACGAGUUUCUGCGCUAUCUAGUCGAGGCGAUGGAAAAGUCGUUCCUCGGACGGUACAAGAAUAGCAAGGAGCUCGAUCAGUACAGCAAGGAAACGACUCCGCUUAACCAGAUCCUCGGCGGGUAUCUGCGGUCGGAGGUGAAGUGUCUGUCGUGCCAGCACGUCUCGACCACGUUCCAGCACUUUGAGGACCUGCUGCUCGACAUACGGAAGGCCAACUCGAUCGACGAGGCGCUCGAGCUGUACUUUGACCGCGAACGGCUCGAAGACAUGGGCUACAAGUGUGAGGCGUGCAAGCGGCGGGUGGCCGCCACCAAACAGUUCUCCCUCGAGCGCGCUCCGUUCGUGCUGUGCAUACAGUUGAAGCGAUUUGCGAUGAUGGGUGGCAAGAUCAACAAGCAUGUAGAGUUGCGAUCGCGGCUCGAUCUUACGCCCUACUCCAACCAGCGCACGGCCAACGGUGCGCUCGGCGGAAAGCUAACGUACCGGCUGACCUCGAUGGUGACACAUCUCGGCAGCACACAGCAUUGCGGGCACUACACAGCCAUCGGCCAAACCGAUGGUGGUGCCUAUCACGUCUUCGACGAUAGUUCCGUGCGUCCUGUCGGAAUUCACAACGUCAUGAGCACCAACGCGUACAUUCUUUUCUUCGAGCUUGAAAGUGCGGCUGGGGCCUCCGUUGGUCUGUUGAAUGGAACGACAAAGGCCCCCCAAACUGCGGGCCAUCCAAGCAGCACGGCUACACUCACGUCAAUGGGUCACAUGACGGCGAACGGGGGUGCAGCACUGGGGAGUUCGUCGAUCGGCGCCGGGUCCACCGGCGGGAGUAGUGGCACGCCCGGGAAAGGAACUGGUAUCGCAUCGUCGCCGCUCCGGGUGCUCGGUUCUGGCGGCGGCAAUGGAACUGCUGGUGGUCUCUUCCCGAGCAAGCUGGACACGAAGCCUGGCUUUAUUGGGCCAGUGCUACCACCGUCCGCGAAGAGCCCCAUCUCCGCCUCCGUCACUGUCGCCGCGUCCCAAGGAACAUCGACGAAAGGAGCGCUGGGGACGACGACGUUAAGUUCCACAUCCGCUGUCGGUGAUGGCAUCAAUUCUUCGCCUUCCUCGAACACGUCUACCCUUUCGUCACCAUCGACGACGGUCUCGCCGUCACCUUCGCCCGUAAAAUCCGUAAACUCCUCGUUGCUAAGUCAGUCCAAUAAAUCCAAAUCUGCUGCCAACACGAUGGCGACGACGACAACGGUGGCGGCGGCGGCGCCCGGCAGCAAUAAUGGGGCAUCCGCUCUGAAGCUGCUGAACGGAAACCACACCAAACAGUCGUCAUUGGCCGCCGUGUCACCGCCACUACCUUCGAUGCCGAAACUGUUGUUCAGUUCCACGCCGAAUGGGGGUCAGCGAUGUGCGACUGGCACCGCCGGUUGUCCCUCGGGUGGUUCCGUCGUUAGUUUGGUACCAUACGAAACGGAUGACGAUAGCGACGCUGACAACAGCAGCGAGGACGAAGCUCGGAACAAACGUGGCAAGCUCGCGCAAGGAUACAAUAGUGGCAAAAAAUCGGUAUCGUUGAAGCGAAACGGUCACGGCACCGGGCAAGAGAACGAUCACCACGACGACGACGACGAGGAUAAUGACGACGGUGGCGACGAUCGUCAUUCGCAUUCGCCGCAGAUCAUUAAGAACAAGGCCGGUCUGUGGAAGGUGUCGAAAAGUAGUACGGCGGGCCAGCUAACGUAUCCCGACAGCAGCAGUAACAGUGGAUCGGCUUCCUCCUCCAAAACGUCCUCUCCGUCCAGCUCUCCUCCGCAACAAAGAAACGGUGUGGCCGCCGGGAGCGGUGAUACUGCUGCUGCUGCUGCUGCUACUGCUACAUCCGCCCCCAGCGCUGCUGGUGUUCAACCUCUGACGAACGGUGGCCAGCGUCAUCAACAGCAACAUACGACACAAAACGGGUACAACCAUCAGCAGCGCGCGUUGAAAAGUCGAUCGUCAUCUCCUGCACCUGCCGCCGCCGUCCAACUGCUACUAAAGUACUCUCACCGUGGCUAUGGUGCACCGGUGAAAAGUUGGAAUGGCCAGCAGACCGAGAUGGAGCGUGAAUUGGCCACCGAGCGGCGCGAGGAACGUAAGCGCCAGAUCGAGGACGAUCGCGAAACGGAAAUGGACCGUGGUCGGAUGAAGAAGGUCAAGAACGUGGCACCGAACGGUGGUGCUCCGCCACAGCACGGUAAUCAGUUCCAAAACUUCCAAAAUUAUCAAAAUGGUGGCGGCGGCGGCGGCAUGAAAUGGAACGGAGGCAAUCGAAACGGCAAUCAGCAGUACAACAAUGGCUACCACCGGGGGGGAGGCCCUGGGGGUGGUGGUUUCAACCACCACCAGAACGGUGGCGGCCACCAUCGGCAUGGUGGUGGAUUUCGGAACGGCGGUGGUCGACGGUUCGGCGGUGGUCGCAACGGUGGAUUCCAUCCGAAAGCUCAUUAUCAUCAUCAGCGUAGCGAAGCUUCAUCUGGUGGCGGCCUGGCGUCUGGCGGUGGUGGCCCUUCGGGCAGCAGCAACGGAUUCUACCAUCGAUAGAAUACUGGACGUGAGCGACAGUGAAACACGGGACAUGGGGCGCCGGCUCGACGACGGUCGGCAGUGAUCGGCAGGCACACACUCCCUGAAGCUGAAGCUUGAGAUUGUUUUGUUUAAUUUUCGCUGCCUUUUUGGGUCCUUUUCCGUUCGGAAUGAAAACACACAGGGUGCGAUCGUUGUUGAUUUUUCUACUUUUCCUCGUGCAUUUCGGCCGCCCCGCAGGACACAAAGUACGGACUGGGCAUUUUGUUUGUUUAUUUCUCCAUGUGCGGCGCUGCUCGAUCGUGUUGUGCGCGGAGCGUGUCGCGUCUCGAUCGCCAGCGAAAAAUCCAGUUAUAUGUGCAUUUUCCGGGUGUUUGUUGUCUCGUUCCAUAUCCGAAGUAGGAGACGCCGAAAGAACCGCCGUACUCGACCAGUCCGGGCCGGGUUUUCGGUUAAAAAGAGGAGAGAGGGUGAGGACUUUGUAAGUAAGUUGAUGUUUUCUUUUUUCUGUUAAGUUCUAUACACACACACACACUUCCCUUUUGAGAGUAAAAGAUAGCUGUUAAGACAAGUAAAACACACGAAAACCAACCAAUCUAGGAUAAAAGACGAGAAGAGUGAUCACCGGCGGGGACCGAAAUCAAAUUGUGUGAGUGUGUAGAGUGUCCCUUCUUAUAAACUGUAGACACCGGCCACUCUAUUGGGUCAGCACCAUCAACCGCGUUGUAAAUAAAUAAUAAUUCUAUCUAUCGUAAUCAUGCGCCUGCAGCAGCAGAAGCAUGAUCAUCCACGA